AUGUUUUAAGAAUAAGAUAGCAAACAAUCCUAUCUAAUAAAAUAGCCGUUAUAAAAAACUUGGGUAUUGUGGUUGGCUUUAGGUUUGGCUUGCUUUUUACUUUUUGGAGAUGCAUAUGCAUUUGAUAAUCCAAUGGCCUUGCAAUCCACAAUACAAAAUGAGAUGAAUUUGAAUAAUGUUCAAUUUAAUAUGCUUUAUUCUAUCUAUUCUGCUCCAAAUAUCAUUUUACCAUUCUUUGGAGGAAUCUUAAUUGAUAAAAUUGGAGUGAGAGUUAGCAUACUCAUUUUUUCAUCCAUUUUGAUAUUAGGUUAAACAAUAGUUGUAAUUGGAGGAUAUACAUUAUCAUAUGGUACUAUGUUAGCAGGAAGAUGUAUAUUUGGAAUUGGAUCUGAGAGUUUGAAUGCUGCUUAAGCUGCAAUAAUGUCAUAGUGGUUUUAAGGAGGAUAAGUGAGUUUAGCAUUAGGAUUAUGUUUAUCAAUUCCUAAAUUAGGUAGUGCAAUGAAUAGUUUGGUUAGUCCAAUAAUUUAAGCUAAUCAUGGUAAUUUAGGAUUUACUUUUUUGAUUGGUUUAUUUAUUGUAAUAUUUUCAUGGGGAUGUGGUUUAGCACUAAUAUAUUUAGAUAAAAAGAAUGAAGAAUUAAUGGAUAUUUGGAAAUAACAUAAUCCUUAAUAAGAAAAGAAGGAAGAGAAAAAAGGAGAAUUAUAGAUCAACAUAAAUUAAUUUUAAGUAAAUAAGAUGAUAAUUUUAUAUUCUUAUAAAUUAAAAUUAAUAUAUUUCUAUUGUAAUGCAAUAAGAAAUGAGUUUAUAAUUAAAAAAGAGUGAAACUACUGAUAGUGAACGUUCAGAAUCUUUACUUAAUGAAGAUGAUGAUGAUGAUGAUGAUGAAAAUGAUAAUGAUAAUGAAGAUGAAUAAGAAAAUGUUCAUGAUGCUAAAGAGGAAAUAAAGUUAUCAGAUUUAAAACAUUUAGAUGGUUCAUAUUGGAUAUUAUCAUGCAUUAUUAUGUUAAGUGAAGCAUUGUUUGUUCCUUUCUUAGAUAAUGGAAAUGCAUUCUUUUAAAUUAAAUUUGGAUUUAGUUAAUAAUCUGCUGGUGUUUUACUAACUAUUCCUUAUGUAUUUGCAGCUUGUGUAACUCCAUUUGUUGGAAUUUAUAGUGAUAAAAUUAGAUAAAGAUCUCUUUUAAUUGUAUUAACUACAGUCAUAUUUAUAAUUACUCAUUUAUGCUUGUUACUCAUAUAUUGUGAUGUAAUUAUGUUUUCUAUUAUGUUUAGACUGCUUGUGGAGUUUCAGCAUUACCAUUACUUUCAUUAGGAAUUUGUUAUUCAUUUUAUUCUGCUAUAUUGAUUCCCUCUAUUCCUCUUGUGGUAAAGGCUUAAAUGAUAGGUAUUAAAGUAUCUAUAAUUAAGGUACUGCAUUUGGAUUGUUAGGAGUUAUGUAAAAUACUGCCUUGGCUUUAUUUCCAUUGAUAACUGGCAGUAUUUAUAAUAGUCAUCUCAUAAAUGAAUAAGGUGAAUUAGAUCCUUUUUAAGGGUAAUUAUAAUUAAUGUAACUUUAGGUAUGUAUAUCAAUCUUAUUUUUUUGUUGGAGUAAGUUGUUUUAAUUUUGUAAUUGCAAUAAGUCUUUAUUUGUUUGAUAAAAAUGGAAGCAAAAAGUUAAGUAGAUUUAAGUCAAAGAGUAAAUGAAUGUUUAUAGUGUGUUAUUUUCAAUAAUAAAUUUAAUAUGAGUAAUCGAAAUAGGAGUUUGGCAGAAAGAAAAAACUCGAAAAGUAAAUGUAAGACUGCGAUCUCUUAAAGAAAAAACUCAGAUUGUGAAGAUUAUAAUUUCUAUUAAGAAUUCUAGUUAUUCUAUCCCUAAGCUUAGGAAAUAAAGUUUACUAAAUUUGAAUAUAUGAAAGAGUUCUUUAAUUUAGGCAUCAAUGAAUUUCCCUCUGAUUAAGAAAUCUAACGUAUAUAACAAGAGAUUCUAACAACUAGUGGCUGGAAUUCAAAUCUUAAGAAGAAUUGGACACUUAACGAAAAGAAAGUACUUAUUUGGCUUGUUGGAAAAUUGAGUAUUUUAAGAAAUGAAGACAUUAGAGAUUUAUCAUAAGAAUUGUUUGAAGAGAUAUCAAGGAUGAUAUGUAGAAGAGAUAGAGAUCAAUGCAAAUAGAAAUGGUCUCAAAUGUAAAAGAUUGCGCUACAAUAAUAACCAUUUAAGCCAGAAGAAGAUAAAAAAUUAUAUGAGAUCAUUCUAUAAUAUUAAUAAGUUGAUAUGGGUUAGAAAUGGAGUUAGAUUGCAUAAGAAUUAAAUUAACAUUCAAAUAUAUAUAGAUCAAGUAAAUAAUGCAGAGAAAGAUGGCUUAAUCAUUUGAAUCCAAAAAUUUCUAAGUAAAUUAUAUAUAUUCAUUUCUAUUUAAGAUAACCUUGGAAAGAUGAAGAAGACAUACUAUUAUUGAAUCUUGUUAAAGAAUAAGGAAGAAGAUGGGCAGAAAUAUCUAAAAUUAUGGAUGGAAAGAGAAGUGAGAAUAAUCUAAAAAAUCGAUUUAAUAGUUUAAUUAAAAGAGAAAAAGACUUGCCAGUCAUGUAUAUAUACUUUAUUAAAACUAUUAUAGAUAAACUUAAAAUGGAUCAGCUACUAAUUUGGAUGAUUUAUUGUCAGGUUGCACUGGACCUGAAAUAACUGACUUAUAACGAUAAGCAAUUGAUGCAUUAUUAUCUAAAUUAAAGUGGAGAAAUGCCGAAAGUUAAAAUAAAAAUACAAGGAAAAAAUCAAUAGAACUCAAUGAAAAUAUAGAUGAUUAAGUAAAGCCACAAUUUUAAUAGCGAACUUAGAUUACAGCCUAAUACACAAUAGGAAAUAUAGAAUCAGAAUCAAAUAUUAUGGAAUUAACUCCUUGUUUAGUUAAUGUGACUAAAAACAUUAUUUAUUUCUGCACUUAAGAUAUCUUAAUAUAGUAUUUGGGUUAUCAUUAAUAGUAAUAGCAAUAAUUUAAAGAUCAAUUUGAUAAAAUUAAGAAUGAAUUAUGUACUUUUGAUGUAGGCUUUUAAAAUUUCAAAUCCACUCUUAGUAUGAUAGAAGAAAUCGAAGAGCCUCUGAAAAGUUAAUCAAACUUUUAACCAAAUGAUUUAGAUGGAUUCUUUAAUUUAGAAACACCAGAAACAAUAUCCAAACCAAUAUAUAUGAAUUCCCUUGAUAUGAUCACGAAUUCUGCUAUAAAAUAUUUGUAGCGUUGGAAAACUGAAUGUUAAUUCAAAGAUCGGCGCAGAUCAAGCAUACAAAUACCGAGAUCUCUUCCGAAUUUGAUAUAAAUUUAAUAAUGA